CGGAUGUCGCCGUAAACGCUCGGUCGAAACGGCCCUCUUUUAAAGUUCCUUGGGGGGGGGAGAGAGUGGAGCGACCUGGACAAAGCAGGAGAAAAGGGGCCAAGAUUUGUUGAGAAAUAGCCCCUCUCUUUCCGUACCGGGAGGACAGGUACCACUCCGAAGAGAAGAGGUGCGACGCAUAAAGCCGAGGUCUCACUUCCCGAUAACGUCAGAAAAUGGCGGAGCCGGACAAAUUAAACAUCGACUCUAUAAUUCAGCGUCUGUUGGAAGUCAAAGGCUCCCGGCCGGGGAAGAACGUUCAGCUAACGGAGAACGAGAUCCGUGGCCUUUGCCUCAAGUCCCGGGAGAUCUUCCUGAGCCAGCCCAUCCUGCUAGAAUUAGAGGCUCCUUUAAAAAUAUGUGGCGACGUCCACGGUCAGUACUACGAUCUGCUGCGGCUGUUUGAGUACGGAGGCUUCCCUCCAGAGAGCAACUACCUGUUCCUGGGCGACUACGUGGACAGAGGGAAGCAGUCGCUGGAGACCAUCUGUCUGCUCCUGGCCUACAAGAUCAAAUACCCCGAGAACUUUUUCCUGCUGCGCGGCAACCACGAGUGCGCCUCCAUUAAUCGAAUCUACGGCUUUUAUGACGAGUGUAAGCGGCGGUAUAACAUCAAGCUGUGGAAGACCUUCACAGACUGCUUCAACUGUUUACCCGUGGCUGCUAUUGUAGACGAGAAAAUAUUCUGCUGUCAUGGAGGUCUCUCUCCUGACCUGCAGUCCAUGGAGCAGAUCCGCAGAGUGAUGCGGCCCACAGACGUACCGGACCAGGGUCUGCUGUGCGACCUGCUGUGGGCCGACCCGGACAAAGACGUGCUGGGCUGGGGGGAGAACGACCGCGGCGUCUCCUUCACCUUCGGGGCAGACGUGGUGGCCAAGUUUUUGCACAAACACGACAUGGACCUAAUAUGCAGGGCACACCAGGUGGUUGAAGACGGUUACGAGUUUUUUGCAAAGAGGCAACUCGUCACUCUUUUCUCGGCUCCCAACUACUGUGGAGAGUUUGACAACGCCGGCGCCAUGAUGAGCGUGGACGAGACGCUCAUGUGCUCCUUCCAGAUUUUGAAGCCUGCAGAUAAGAAAUUGUACCCGUAUGGCGGCGGAGGAGGAGGUGUUGGCCUGGGGAGACCCGUCACUCCUCCAAGGAACGCAGCCAAGGCCGGCAAGGCCAAGAAAUAACAGCCGCCCAGGCUCUUCCCACCUCCUCCCUCCCUCCCUCUGUCGGCCCAACACCUGCUUUCUUUUCUCCGUUCCUCUCUACCUCCCUAACGUGUUCCUUCGUUGGCACUUAACAGCAACAAAGACAACCAGGGUUCAGUCAGGUCUCUCCUGAACGAAACACUUUCUAAGCGUUUGUUUUGCUCUUUGUGUCGUACUUCUCUGUGUGGCUGUGUGAAUAAAGAGCGUGAAUGAUCCGCAGCAAGUCGCUGUUCUCACCAUGUACAUCCCUUCAUCUCCUCUCUUCCUCUUCUCCUUUAUUUUUUUAUGUAAAGACGACUUUUUGUUUGUUUUUUGCCCGUUCAUCACGCAUGAAGAAGAGAGCUUUGGCUGUAAAUGAUGAGGCCCGGCACGGUUUAAUGCUAAGCGUCAGCUUUAGUCUGUCUGUGUGCUGGGGGGGGGGGGGGGGGGGGUGACGGCACCGCGGGACACCGCUGGAUCCAACCGGGCGGAUCCACUACAUUCUUUUUUUGUUUUUCUUCCAUUUUCAGAACCAAUCAUUCAAGAUCACCAUCAUGGAUGUGACAUAGAUGCUUCUUUUUUUUUUUCUUUUUCGUUCUUUUGGGCUUGUUUUUGUAGAUAACUGACACCAGAAAUGGUUUUAUUUUAUUUUAUUCCUGUUUUUAGCUCACUCAAAGCUGAAGAUGAAUAAAAGUAACCUUUAAUUUGAAGCGCA